AUGUUAGCGGCAGAACAGGAAAACACUCAGCUCAGAGAGGAACUGGUUAACCUCAAGGGAGAGAUGGAAAGAAUGGCACUUAUGAUGGAAACUAUGAUGGCUGAGAGAGAGCAAGCAGCAAUCUCCAAUUCAACUCCUGUUGUGGUUGUCACAGCUGCACCUGAGGGUCCCCCGCAACCAUCUCCAACUACUACUACAACUAUCGGCCUCACCCAACCUCUGAUGACUGAUUUUUCUUCUGGUAAUAUGGCAACUAUGGGUAACUCAGGCUUCCGUCCUCUGGGCCCCCAGGGUCCCUUUGCUACUCCUCAGUAUUCCAUGCCUUCAGGCUACCCUUGGGGCAUGCCGAUUGCAACUAACGGGGGUUUUGGUCCAGGCGCUACUGAAAUGCCAUUCACACAGGGUCAACAGACUUCGGCACCUUUCCAGAUGAGUCAACCGAUUCCUCAAGCUACCAUGACUCAAGCAGGUCCUACUGUGCAUGUUGGGCCACAACAUGAAGAGCAGAUUUAUCACUCCGACAGUAUAAUGGGGGAUGAUAAAGCUAUCGAUUGGGAAGAAAGGUUCGGUGCUCUAGAGAAGAAGAUGAGUAAUAUGCGGGGGAAGGAAACAGUCGUCCAAAGCAUAUAUGACCUUUGCUUAGUACCAGAUGUAAACAUACCUCCAAAGUUCAAGAUGCCUGUAUUUGAGAAGUAUCAAGGGGACACGUGUCCACAAAAUCAUCUAACUAUGUAUAUUAGGAAGAUGAUAGCUUACAAGAAUAAUGUUCCCUUACUCAUUCACUGCUUCCAGGAUAGUUUGACUGGUCCGGCAGAUACCUGGUUCAUGGGGUUGAAAGGAGUCACUACUUUUGAACAGUUGGCUGAGGCCUUCAUGCAACAGUACAAAUAUAAUACCUAUUUGGCGCCAAGUCGCAAAGAGUUGCAGUCCUUAACCCAGAAAGAGAAAGAAUCGUUCAAAGAAUACGCACAACGCUUCAUUCAAAAAGCUGCUCAGAUUCGUCCUCCCUUGGAUGAGAGGGAACUUUCAGAAUUGUUCUAUGAAACCCUGAGCCCUUGUUAUUCAGAAAAGAUGAUUAAGUUCACUGACUUGGUGGAAACAGGAAUGCGUAUCGAGGAGUGGGCUCGUAAGGGAGCAGCUGUUUCGGGAAGUUCUUCAGGUGGUUCUUCAGGGGUUUUGUCCAAUGGUAAUAAGAAAUUUGGGAAUGGUUACCCAAAGAGGAAUGCUCAAGAGGUUGGCAUGGUGGCUCAUGGAGGACCUCAGCCCGUGUACCCUAAUCACCCCUUUGUUGCCAACAUCACCCCACAAAUGACCGCACCCCAGAACCCAAACUAUCAAUCACCCAGACCUCAAGGACCUGCACCAUACUACCCCCCAUUAUACCAACCACUAUACAACCUACAACAAUUCCCUCAACAACCAUAUUACCCCCAACAACCAUACCAACAAAGACCACAGCAACAACCCCGUCCUCAGGCUCCUCACAAUCAGCAGAAUCAAAGGCAACAAUUUGACCCCUUGCCAAUGACCUAUGGAGCAUUGCUCCCUUCUUUACUUGCACAGAAUCUGGUCCAAACAAUACCACCUCCUCGCAUUCCAGACCCUCUCCCACGCUGGUACCGUCCGGACCUUCAUUCUCGGAACAAUCCUCUGCCUACUCAUGGGCCUGCUGUUAAUAUGAUUCAAGACGAUCAGGAAGAGGCUCGCAUUCUCUCUGUAGGUGAUAUCAAGACUCCUCUGGUACCGAUACAUGUGAAAAUGUGUAGAGCAACUCUCUUCAACCACAAUCAUGAAGCUUGUGACAUAUGUUCGAUGGAUCCUCGUGGAUGUAUACAAGUCCAGAAUGAUGUGCAGGGUCUCCUAAAUAGAAGGGAACUUGUGGUUACAAGGGAACCCGAGAGCAAGGACGUCUGUGUUGUCACUCCGGUAUUCAGAGCCAGGAGGCCGCUGGUGAUAAACCCCAACAGUACAAAACCCGUUGGUACUCCCUUGGUAAUCUGUGUGCCUAGGCCCACGCCUACUACUGCUCAGAAAGCUGUACCCUACAAGUAUGAAGGCACGAUUCUAGAGCCCGGAAGUGAGACAACUUCACCUGUUGCUGUGGAUAAUAUCGCAGAGAAUAGCCGAAUUUUGAGGAGUGGCCGCAUCCUUCCCACGGUGGGUCCGAAGAGUGUUAGUGUUCCGGUCGAUGAGCCAGUAAAAGAGCGAAACGCCGGUAAAGGUAAAGCUGGGGAGCAGGCCAAAGAGGUUGACUUUGAGGAUGCCGAUGAAGUCUUGAAGCUGAUCAAGAAGAGUGAAUACAGGGUGGUGGACCAGCUGUUACAAACUCCUGCGAAGAUUUCCAUCAUGGCCCUGUUGUCAAGUUCUGGUGCUCAUCGGGAUGCCCUGAAGAAAGUACUAGACCAGGCAUUUGUGGAUUAUGAUGUAACUCUGGGUCAAUUCGAAAGCAUUGUGGGGAAUGUGACCGCGUGUAACAGUCUGACUUUCAGUGAUGAAGAUCUCCCGGCGGAGGGGAAUAAGCAUAAUCAAGCAUUACUCAUCUCUGUACUUUGCAGAACGGACUCGUUAUCCAACGUCCUGAUAGAUACCAGCUCUGCACUUAAUGUGAUGCCCAAGUCAACUCUCGACCAAUUGGCGUACUCCGAGGCUCCUUUGAGACUUAGCAAGGUGACGGUGAGGGCCUUCGAUGGAACUAGGAGAUCGGUGUAUGGUGAGGUAGAUUUGCCAAUUUCGGUCGGCCCACAUGAAUUUCAGGUUACUUUCCAAGUCAUGGAAAUCCAGGCUUCUUUCAGCUGUUUGCUCGGCAGACCAUGGAUUCAUGACGCUGGGGCUGUGACAUCUACUCUCCAUCAGAAAUUGAAGUUUGUAAGUCGUGGAAAGUUGAUCACUGUGAGUGGCGAAUCGGCCUUUUUAAUCAGAAAUUUGUCUGCUUUCUCUGUUAUCGGUGGUAGUGGUUCAGACGGGCCAUCAUUCCAAGGGUUCUCUGCCGAAGAAAGUGUCGGCAAAAUUGAGACUUGUAUGGCUUCGUUGAAGGAUGCCCGGAGAGUAAUUCAGGAAGGCAAAACCGAAGGCUGGGGUCAGCUAGUGGAGUUGCCAGAAAACAAGCAGGUUCUUUCCACAGUGCUGGUUUCAUUCAUGAUUCGCCAGAGACCAAUGCAAUUUUAG